AUGUCAUCAAGAUUCGCAUCGAAUCUCCACCAGCGCGACCCGCGAAGCGCCCUCUUUGCGGGUUACGAUGCCGGCGAAGCGGCGCGGCGACCCGUGAGCGCGAGCCCUAACCGAUACGGCGGCUAUGGUUAUCCUGGAAAUGGUACGGCGACGGGAGGAGACGGCAAUCAUCUUGGUGUGGCGAGCGGUGGAUAUAGGCCGGCGACACCGAACAAGAAGGAGGAGAACGCAGAAGGGCUGGGCGGCGGCAUGCUAACAUCGGACGCUAGGGGACAGUACAGCGAUGCGGUCCUGAACGAGCUUGAGAGCCAGAACGACCAGCAGGUAGAUGGCAUCCUGGGGAAGGUCAAGAUUCUUAAAGACAUGACGGUAGCCAUCGGUGACGAGAUCCGGGAAUCCUCCGCCCUCGCGGAAAAGAUGAAUGAAGGCUUCGACAACACACGCGUCCGCCUCCGAGGCACCAUGAACCGCAUGCUCCUGAUGGCCGAACGCACCGGCAUACCCUGGAAGGCGUGGCUCGCCUUCUUCGCGGCCGUCAUCCUCAUCUUUAUGUAUGUCUGGUUGUUCUGA